GCGGCGGGCUGUGCGACAGCGGCUGUAGUUCCCAGGAGUGAGGCCGCGGGAGCGAGCGAUUGGGGCCGGGGACGGGCAGCAGGAGUGGCUGCGGUGGUUGCUCCGCGGCUGGGAGGCUUCAGUGAGAACAACGCGGGGACGAGUGGCUGUUUCAUUUUGCAUUCCCAUCUACAACAUGUGAGAGUUCCAGUUGCUGUGCAUUCUCCCCAGGACGUGAUCUGACAGAAGACUCUAUACCUGGAAUUGGAGUUGAUACAGAAAUUAUUUCUACUUUAAAAAUGUUGGAGGAAGAUAUGGAAGUGGCCAUCAAGAUGGUGGUUGUAGGGAACGGAGCAGUUGGAAAAUCAAGUAUGAUUCAGAGGUACUGCAAAGGCGUUUUUACAAAAGACUACAAGAAAACCAUUGGAGUUGAUUUUUUGGAGCGACAAAUACAAAUUAAUGAUGAAGAUGUCAGAUUAAUGUUAUGGGAUACUGCAGGUCAAGAGGAAUUUGAUGCUAUAACAAAGGCCUAUUACCGAGGAGCCCAGGCUUGUGUACUUGUGUUUUCUACUAUCGACAGGGAAUCUUUCGAAGCAGUUUCCAGCUGGAGAGAAAAGGUAGUUGCUGAAGUUGGAGAGAUACCAACUGUGCUGGUCCAAAACAAGAUUGACCUCCUGGACGAUUCUUGUAUAAAGAAUGAGGAAGCGGAGGCACUGGCCAAAAGGUUGAAGCUCAGAUUCUACAGAACAUCAGUGAAAGAAGAUCUCAAUGUGAACGAAGACUCAGGACCUUAUGCUUGCCAGGCAGGUGCUGCGCCACUGAGCUGUGUCCCAGCCUCUAAAGACCUGAGUGCAAAUGUGUAUGCAUUUUUUAAAUAUUUGGCUGAAAAAUAUCUUCAGAAACUCAAACAACAAACAGUUGAGAAUCCAGAACUAAAGCAUUCAAGUAGUAACAAAAUUGGUGUCUUCAGUACUUCUGGGGGCAGUCGCUUGAGUCAGUCAAGUACCAUUAACGGCGGAGACGUCAUCAACCUUAGACCUAACAAAGAGAGGACCAAGAAAAGCAGGAAUCCAUUCAGCAGCUGCAGCGUACCCUAAAUGCUCAGGGAGGGGAAGAGUUGGUUUGCAUCCCAUACCUCACGAACAGGCAUGCCCAGGUGUCAUGCUGGGCGUACUAAAGUGUUUCCCAAGACUUGCACCUCCCGGCUCCCUGGGCGCUGCCGCAGGCAGCACUGCGCUUUCCAGAACACAGAGCGAGGCCUCUGGUGGGAUGUCACUGCCCUAGGGAUGCGUUUUAAUUUUUUUUUAUAUUUUGUUUACGUUAAGACAAACCUUGUCCUGUGUUUGAAAGAUUACUAAAAGAAAUAUCAAAAGUAGGUUCUGCUAAAUUGUGAAAGCAUAAAUGAAAUGCCUAAAUAUGUUGGUCCAGAUUUUAAUACUGUGCAUCAGGAAAGGUAGCAAGCCUUGGUUUUCUGAAAUUGGCCAUCGAGUGUUUCCGGGAAACAGUAUGGGUCUGAAUCCUGACAGAAAAGAAGGCCCGCAAGGACGCCACACCUGCCAGGCCAUGCCUCUGUGUGCAUGGCGGCUGUGAGCACCGAGGGCUCCCGCACGGAGCCUGCCUGGGAAAGGUGGGCACUGAUCAUGUGUAAAAUCACUGACAUGCUGGGCAUCUGCAUACUUUCCUUUUCAGAUAAGGAGCCCCCCUCCGAGUUUUGCAUAAUGAGCUUCAACUAAAAGUGCUAUGUGCCAAAAAUAUUAACCUAAUUGGACAAUGCUUUACUAUCAGAAUUUAUGUUGUUUUCCUCUGUGGCAGGAUUCAUGGAAGAGGGCUUUAGCUGUUUUAAACCAGGGGUCUCUGUGACGUUAGCCCCUCCCAGGUGGCCACUGUGCCCCUAUGUCUUGUGCCACAUGCGUGUGCAUCUGGUGCCCUUACCGCAGCCCCUUCGAAGCUUGUGCUGACCGUUUCCUAAAAUGCGGAAGUGGUUAUCUGUAGUCCUAAUCAGCUUACAGGUUUUAUAGUGCCCAGAACCUCCAAAGCAGCCUUUUGUGUACACAGUUCUAUAUGGUACUGUAUUUUAGAGUCAGCCUGAAAAUUUCUGCCGCCUUUGGUGUGUGUGGCACUUUCUUGAGAGCUCUAUCCAGUGCCACAUAAAAAAAUAAUUUAAGAAGUGAUCUGCUGUGUGAUGACAAGAGCACAUAUUUUGUGAUUUGGGACUGUAGCCUUCCAAACAAAGGAAAUUAAACUAUAAAAACUGAUUACCAACCCAGGCAUUGUUGUGCAUACCUCUAAGCCCAGCACUUUAGAGGCUGAAGCAGGAGAAUCAAGAACUCAAGGCCAGGCUGGGCUUCAUAGCACAUUCAAGGUCAGUCCGGACCACAUAGUGAGACCCUGUCUCACUGACAGACAGACAGACAAUCCCACAAAAUGCCCUUUUUAUCACCCAUCAUCACUCAUGGAUUGUUUUGUAUUACUGGAGAUUAGACCUGGGACCUUCACACUGAGGUACAUCGACAGCCUUUUUAUUUGAGACAGUCUCACUAAAGCUGGGCUCAAACCUGUUUUCCUGCCUUAGCCUUCUGGAGUGCUGGGACUACAGGUAUGAGCCUGGCUUAAUGUAAAUAACCCUUUCAGUAUAUCUGGUUUUUACAAGAUUUCAAAAUGUAUAAAAAUAACUUGUUGGAAAAUGCACCAUGAAGUCAUUUUUCAUCAUUUUGUACUAAAUGCAUAAAUAUUUUACAUUUCUCGUACAUGUUUUAUGUUUUCUGAAGUCUCCCAUUUGUACCAUUCUGUCCACUUGUGAGGAUGUCAGAGCGCUUCCCAGGGCCUGUCCUUGGUGAGGGCUGUCCCAAGCAGUGUUGCUUUUACAUUGUUGCUGUCUACACUGUGGACGAGCUAGGGCAGGUGUGUUACAUCCUUGGCUCUUACAUUCCCAUUGCUGGCAGUGGGACAAGCAAGCAUUGGGGAAGAUCUCCCUUUUAACAGCGGGUACCUGCUAGUGAGUCUUGUCUUUUUUUUAAACUUUCUUCAGGUAGUGUCUCUUUUUUUCUCAAAACAUAUGUUCUGGCAAGUAAUCUUCAUCUUAUGGGCAGAAAAGUUACUCUUUCUAUAAUACAGUGAAGUUCUGUUUCACAUUCAUGAUUGUGUGUAGGUAAAAGUGUGUUCCUUUUCUGUGUCAAAAAUGUAAUUGGUGAGGGUUGGGGAUUUAGCUCAGUGGCAUAAGUGCCUGCCUGGCAAGCGCGAGGUCAUGAGUUCCAUUCCCGGUACCGCCAAAAAAAAAAAAAAACCCAACUAAAAAUGUAAUUGGUGGUACUUUGUUAUAGCCUUUUUUGUUUUGUUUUUUUACAAAAAAAUGAAGAUAUCUUUGUUACAUACUUGAAUUUUUAUUUUUCACUGCUAUAUUUUAUACCUAACCGUAGUCAUUUUAAGUAAUCAAGUAGUUUUGUCAAGUCCGUCAGUUCUAAAACCUUCAGAAUGUUUUUAACAGUUUUCCCUCAGCACCUCUGGGAUCUGUCACAUACCCGUCCAUGAGCCGGGAUGAGCCCCGCCAGGUUGCAGCUCAUCACAUCAGGCGGAGGUUUCUUGUGUGUGGAUCAAGGUUGGGCACACCUGGACUUUUUCAGAGUGGAGCUAAACACUACCAGAGGGAGGACCGGCCUUGCCCCGCAGUGGAAACCCUGCUGUCAGCCACCCCAGCCUGGCACCUUGUGCAAGGCCUUCAGGGAAGAGCUGAGCACUUCAUUCAGAGUCCUGGUCACUGAGUUGCAGGGGUGGGGCGGGGCGGGGUUCGGCAGCAAGUAUCUGUGUCAGCACAGAGCGGCCUGGGGGGCAGCUUGGACUCUAAUGAACUAGAUAAUUGAUUGCUGUGUCCUGUGGGCUUUGCAGGCUGUCACAUGUAAAUCUCAUAAAUCUAUCAUACUAGUGAACUUAUUUGCAAACAAGGUUUCAGUUCCCAGGCUGAGUAAUCAGCUGUGACCCUUACUGGUUGGUAUCAUGUCCUCCCACCCAUGUCUAUAGUAGAGUCUUGAUAAAAGAUAUUUUAAAAAUAGUAAGUUUGGAGUAAAAGGAAAACGACCCCUGCUACAUUUUGUUGCUAAUAAUGUGUAAGUUUAAAUGAAAACCCACUUGUGUGUACUAGUAUUAGGUUGCAUUAUUCCCUCGAGCUUAAAAUAUGCUCCUUGAUUAAAAUUCCAAUGACGACUUCCAGUAAUCAGAAAAUAAAUGCAUUUCUCAGCUA